AUGGGUGGAAGCGAGAAGGGCGCCUGGGCGCACGAUAGAGAAGCCGCGGCAGAAACGUCCGACCCAGCCCGAGACGGCGGGGACUACAGCGCCGGGGCAGGGGCGGCGACGCGGCGUCCCCAGUCGGCGCCCCUGCGCAGCGGUCGGCCGUCUCCGCAGCGCCCCAGGUGGCCGUCGGCAGGGUCGCCGCCUUGGGAGCGGAUUUGCUCCGCCUCCGCCGGGCUCGGCUGCCCUCGGCAGCUUCACUGCCAGGCUCUGGCUCGACCCUCCUCCCUUCCCCCUCCCGGAUCGCGAUGGACUGGGCCUCUCCCCCGCGCCGCCGCCGCCAGCAGCACCGCGCGGGCCUUUGAGCGGCAGGGCCUGAGAAGCCGCGUGCUGGGGACUGGACGUGCGCUGGCUGCCGCCGCGCGGGGGAACCUCUCGCUUCCCUGUUACCAGGUCCCCGCGGAGGAAGGGGAGGGACGAGGCGCGGCUUUUCCUGUGCCGCCUGCCCGGUUCGACCUGCGCGGCCUGCGGCUUCUCGGGAACUCGAGGGCCGCGGCUGGGCCUGGCUCUGUCCGCGGCCUGGUGGGAGCUGGACUGGAGCGGUUUGGGACUACAAGCCCGAGAAGACGCUACGAAAAUUUGGUUCUACCAGAUGUAAAGGAAAAAAACAUUUAAGGCCAAGCUGAUCAGUCCUGGACAUUUAAAGGACUUUUUCCCCUUUACUUUUCAAAUUUAAGCAAAGAGGCUUU